AUGGAAGGAGUUUCGAAUUCGACAAAUGGAAAUGUUGAUCAGAUAAAGUAUAGAGGAAUUCGUAGGAGACCAUGGGGAAAAUAUGCAGCAGAGAUUCGCGAUCCGACAAGGAAAGGAACAAGAAUAUGGCUUGGAACAUUUGAUACUGCUGAACAAGCUGCAAGAGCUUAUGAUGCUGCUGCUUUUCAUUUUCGUGGUCAUAGAGCUAUUCUAAACUUCCCUAAUGAAUAUCAAGGUCCUAAUUCAUCAACUUCUUCAUUACCUAUGCCUCUUACAGCGCCUCCUCCUCCUCCUCCUAAUCAUAAUCCUAAUCUUAAUAUUAAUCCUAAUCCACCUUCUUCUUCAUCUUUAUCUUCUUACUCUGUUGAUGAUAACUAUGAUUUUGAAUUUUUGGACAAUAAGAUGCUUUAUGAACUCCUUCAAGAUGGAACACAGUGA